GCUAUGCGAUUCCGCGGUACGAUUACGAAUCGAGUGAAUAAACAAGAGAAGCAGCGAAACCAUCUUUAUUUAUACGUCCAUGAGCGAAACAGAUGAAAGUACCCACUUAGCGGUCAUUAUGUUGAUCUUAACCAUGAUCAUGAAUUUUUGUAUUUUUAAUUAAGAAGUGUGCCUUGGAAGAGAUGGGAAACCUGGUGUUUAUUGUGUUGUGUGCAAUCUCUGUUAUCUGUGGUUUCAGCAAUUCGUAUGCUUCUGAAGAUUAUAAAAUUGGCAGUAAAUGUUACAAUUCUGGAGCUCCUGGUAUUUGCAAAAGUGUCACAGACUGUCCACAAGCAAUAGGCUUGUUACGAAAAGGCCACCAACACAAUUUUAAAAGAUGUCUUUUCGCCAAUAUGAUCGAAAUCGUAUGUUGUCCCGACAGUAUCGAAAAGGGGUCUACAGAGGUAGAUCAACAAAGAAAAUAUCAGCAAGCUUGCGAUAAAAUUAAAGCAGAAGCUGGAGUAGAUAUUAAGUAUAUCACACUUGGUGAAGACGCGUUAGACAAGGAGUUCCCACAUAUGGUAGCCCUUGGCUACGUAGACAGCAAUCUUCCACAGGGAGAACUGAGCUGGAGAUGUGGAGCAUCUCUAAUCUCUCCCAAUUUCUUGCUGACAGCGGCCCACUGUGUAUUUAAAGAGAAACCUUUAAGAGCUCGUUUGGGAGUAACGAGAAUUAACGAUACCCAUCAUCAAGAAAUCGACGUUAAGAGAAUUAGAAUACACGAAUCUUAUGAUCCGUUAGGAAAACACGGUGAUCUUGCCAUUAUAGAGUUAAAAAGAAAUGCCACUUUUUCCGAGUCGGUAAGGCCAGCAUGUCUAUACUGGAAACAUGAUGAUCCUCUGGAACUGCUUGUAACAGGCUGGGGGAAAACGACGUCUGUGUUUUACGAAGAUGAUAGAAGCAUAAUUUUACAAAAAGCCAGAUUGGUUCCUGUAUCCGUUGCAUCAUGUAACAAUACAUACUCUACUAGAUAUUUAGGUACUCGAACAAUUGAAAACACACAAAUCUGUGCUUUUGGAAAUUUGUCCGAUGCCUGCUGGGGUGACUCAGGAGGUCCUUUGCAAAUCAGAGAGGGUAAAGGAGCAUUCUCAAUAUUCUCAAUUGUUGGAAUCGUAUCCUAUGGAGCUGGGUGUGGUGGUAAAAUCCCUGGUGUAUAUACUCGAGUCUCUCAAUUUGUAGAUUGGAUCGAAAACUAUGUGUGGCCAUGAUAAAUAAAGUAGUUAAUAGUU